GUUGCAAACACAGAUAAAGCAAUGUUAAGAAAUCAAUCAAUGUACUUGAGCAAAGUACUUGCAAGUGCAGUUGUGCGUACCAGUGCGGUUCGUGCUGUUGCUGCUUCCAAGCGUCCAGCAUUAUUCAUGAGAAACACUGUUGCUUGGUACUCAUCCAAAUCUGACAACACCACAAAGAAAGAUGAACAACCUCCACAAUCUAUCUUGACCGAAGAUCUUUUAGCCCGUGCUGGUUUCGAAGACCCUGAUCAAGCCAAGGCUGAAGCCCAGGGUGGUAUCGAAGGUGAAGGAAAGUCAACCGAUGAAGCCAAAAGACCCAGAAAGAGAAAGAGAGCCCAAUCAUCUAAAGACAGACAACGUGAAAGAUACGCCAACUUGUUUUACUUGUCUACAUUUGUAGGUGGUAUUGCCGGAUUGGGAUACAUGAGUAGAGAUUGGGAUUCUGAAAAGGAACAAGAAGAAAUGGACGGUAAAGAUAUUGGUAAUGGAUAUACUCCUGGUUUAAUGUAUGAACGUAUGUCCAAGAGAUUGGGAUCUUUGUUCACUUUCUUCUCUGAACCUGCUUUUGAAAACUUGUUACCACCUCCACCUCCGGAAGCUUACCGUCGUCCAUUGACCUUAGUUUUGACCUUAGAUGACUUAUUAGUCCAUUCCAGUUGGGAUACCCAACAUGGUUGGAGAACUGCCAAGAGACCAGGUUUAGAUUACUUCUUGGGAUAUUUGUCUCAAUAUUAUGAAAUUGUUGUCUUUGCCACCAAUUCCCAAAUGUUUAGUGAAAAGACCGUGGGUAAAUUAGAUCCUUACCAUGCAUACAUCUCAUAUGCGUUGUUCAGAGAAGCAUGCAGAUACAAGGAUGGUAAAUUAAUCAAGGAUUUAUCAUUGUUGAACCGUGAUUUGGGUAAGACUGUCAUUAUUGAUGUUGACGAAGAUGCUGUUUCUCUUCAACCAGAAAAUGGUAUUGUCGUUGAAAAAUGGGACGGUAAAGCUGAUGAUUACUUAAUUUCUAUGAUUCCAUUCUUGGAAUACUUGGCUACUCAACCAGUCAAGGAUGUUAGACCAAUCUUGAAGACUUUCACUGACAAAUCCAAGAUUGUUGAUGAAUUUGCUGAACGUGAACGUAAAUUAAGGGAACAAUGGAACAAGGAUCACAAACACUCCAACCAACCAAACGCCGGUAACUUCUUGGCUAAAUUAAUGGGUAUGCCAACCGCAUUGACUAAAGAACCAAAGAUGCCAUUGGAUAUCAUUAGAGAACAUGGUCAAUUACAAUAUGAACAUUUCCAAAAAUACUUAAGAGAAAAUGCUCACAAAUUCUUGGAAGAAGAACAAAAAUUGAAGGAUGAAUUUGGUAAGGUUACUUUAAACAAAUUGAUUACUGAAGGUGCUCCAAGUCCUGAAGAGAUUGCCAAGGUUCAAGCUGAAAGAGCCAAGGAAGAAGCUAACAAACAAAAAUGAGUGUAAGGAGUAUUUAUAGGUGAAAUUUACUUACUUGUAUAUAAAAAUAAAGUAAUGGAUAUAGAUUGUAUUUGUAUUCGGCAUGGUGGAAAGCGCCGUAUAGUUGAACAAUCAGCAUUGUUAUUGUAUUCUACUGAACAUAGUAUAAACUCGAGCAAAUACAGGGUUUCCGUACUCC